CAGUGAAUGAGUCUGCCUCCACAGGUGAAAGUGACGAUACAGGACUCAUCCACAAAGACUGUAUAGUUGUGAGCAGGUUUGGCUAGCAAUGGCGGAAGCCGAACGAGAAGGUCGCACACGCACUCGUUGUCCAUUUGCUUCAGCCACUUGCAGCACUCUUGUUGCGCAAACGUCUCUUCUCUGUGCCGGUGAUGAUGGUGGUGGUGGUGGUGGCGGCGUCGGCGGCGUCGGUUGUGUGUGUUGUCGUUGUUAUUGUUGUGGUGGUCAUGGUCAUCGUGAUCAUGGUUGCGAUCAUGGUCAUUGUGAUCAUGGUCAUUGUGAUCAUGAUCAUGGUUGCGGUUGUGGUCAUGGUCAUCAUGAUCGUGGUCAUCGUGGUCAUCGUCGUCAUGGUCGUGGUCGUGGUCAUCAUCAUGGUCGUGGUCAUGGUCAUCAUCGUCGUCAUCGUCGUGGUCAUCGUCGUGGUCAUGGUCAUGGUCAUGGUGGUCAUGGUCAGGAGGAGGAGGAGCGAGGGGAGGAGGAGGUGGGGCAAUGGGGGAAGGAGGUGGGACAGUGUUCAUUGGGAGGCGUGAGCAAGCGUAGUUAGCCAGCGCGUAUUGAGAGGCGCAUAGUGGACGUGGUGGUGGAAUCUGUACGAUUCUUUGGCCUCGCGUGAAAGAGGAAGAAGAGAAUAGAGCCAGAAGCACAAAAGCUACGAGGAAAAGUGUUUCCAUGGGGAGUGUCUGUGUGUGAAGAGAGAUCGUUUGGUGGGUCUCGUUAUAUAUUCAAUGCGAAAGGAGGCACAAAGAGGAUGUGAAGAUUGGUUGCAGAGGAAUUUUAGGUUCAUCUGAGAAUUUCAUUUGAUUUGCGUGACUUUGUUAGGUUGCUUGUAGAGCUUUCUUUUAGGAGAGUGUUUUUCAUUUUGGCGCAACAACAAGACCUGUUCCAAAUUCCACAACCCAAUUUUAAUCACAAAACCAUUAU